UCAUCCAAACAUGAAGCGUAAAAUAGCAGGAUUCUCGAAUCUAAGAGUCCUAUUCCUGUCUCGAAUCCAAGAGUCCUAUUGAUAAAGUUUUUCCAUAAUAUGAGCCAUCAAAUUCGCACAAGGUAAGUUUUUUUUUUUUUGGCUUUUAUAGGUGUUUCAGAUGGUAUAUGCAGUUGAUGCCGUCAACAUUUAAGAAGCUUGCAGGUUAAUAAAGCUAAUAUGGAUUCUGACCAGUAUAUCAUAAAUCAACUAAUCAACAAAUUUAUAAGUCAGCCUGUUCUCAUACGUGGAUUAAUUGUAGCAGAUAUUCAACAUUACAACCCACAAGAUAUCUUCUCAUUAGCUGAUAUGGCAACAAAUGCAAAUGGGAAUAAGGAAUGCUACAUUUUGACGCCACCAAGACGAUUUGUAUUUGUAUUGCCAUGGUUCCCAGUUCACCGAGCAAGAAAUGGAUACUGGAAGAAAGAUGGAUAUACAGAUCUUGAAAUCUAUGGCAAUAAUGGAAUAGUAGGAGUCAAGCAAAAGUUUCAUUUCUAUGAAGGGGGUAUAAACAAUGGCCGAAAAACAAAUUGGUAUAUGAUCGAGUACAGUUUGAAGGAGCAUUGUUGCUCAGUCACAUGCGACCAUGAGAACGGAAGGCUGGAGAACUGGGUUGUGUGUAAAAUCUAUCAAGAUUUUGGUCCAGAUCACUUGACUUCAGAGAUACAAAAAUUGAAUAUUUAGAACAAGAGCUGAAGCAUAGGUUUGCUAAUGGUUGUGCUUUAAGCUGUUCAUUUGUAUCUUUUACUUUGUACAAGUUGCUAACAUAUGGGAAGAAAUUAUCAAUUUCAAGCUCAUUUCAAAACCAGCUUUAAAGAAUAAGAUCCAUUUAUGGCAAAAAAAUGCGUAAAUGUACUAAAUAAUGGAACUCUUUUUUCUUUCAAAUCACCAAAUUGUCAAUGUAUUAAAACACAAAUACCAGUCGCACUUUUAGUACAC